AUGAUGUCGUUUGGGUCUGGUGGCGGCGCUCUUGCCGGCGAUGCGUCAACAGAGAUAGGACCUGAGCUACCCGAAGUCGAGACUUCAGAACUCGGAUUUCUGGGACUAGAUAAAGAUUACAACAUUCAGUUCCUACCUACACCAUGGCCUACAGAUGCCCUUCCGGCACCGACGAGCUCUCUAUUGACGAUCUCAAGCUUACAAGGCUUAGUAGUUGGAGGUGGCCCUGAAGGCCUCGUUCUAGCCACGACGAAAUCGAUCCGCGAUACUAUCUCCACCAAAGCUGAAUCCGGGCCCAAAACAAAACCAUUUCAACCCCAGGCUCAUAUCUCAUUACCUAGUCGCCCGACACAUGUUGCUUUCUGUGCUACCGAGAGUGCAUUGGCUGUGGCCAUGGAAUCGCAUAAUCAGUUGGUUAUAUACGAUUCUACGACUCUUGGAAACGGCAAUCCUCAGCCUCAGAUCUCCAUUGAUACUAAUAGCCCACUUCGCUCUUUAACCCCUAAUCCUUCAUCAGAAAGCGACCUUUCUUCCCUUGUCGCCUUGGUUACUGUAAACGGCGACCUUCUAGUUGCAGACUUGAAGGCUGGGUCUUUAGUCCAUGGUCAAUCAGGGCCCAUUUUUAGGAACGGUGUCGCUUCUGUCACAUGGAGCAAUAGAGGAAAACAGAUGGUUGCUGGUCUCGUAAAUGGCAGCCUUGUUCAACUAGACCCUAAAGGGGUGGUGAAAGCCGAAAUUCCUCGACCACCAGCGCUGGAGGGCAACAAACACGUAUCAUCCAUAUCGUGGCUGGAGAACAACCUUUUUUUCGCGGUUUAUACUCCAAACGAAAGCGAAGAUGACGCGGGUAUGGUUCCUGACUCGGACUACUAUAUCAUAGAGCGCCAUCCAUCCAAACCUCUUUUAUACCGGCAAUUGCCAAUUAUAUGUACGCCUUUUGGUCUUAAGAGGAGCCCGGCAUAUCAUUUCAUAGCUCGACUCAGCAAGUAUGAUCCCGGUUUGAAGGAUGCCUUGAUUAUAUCCUCCACCGCUUCAACAGAUAUUGGUUUAGCCACUAGAGUUGAAACGCCGUUUAAAGAAGCCGAUGAGAUGACCAAAGACGUCUUUACCACAACGACCGUAAUGGAAGAGACUAGGCGAGCAACGCUACCUUUGAAUGCGGACUCAAUGGAGACAUCUACCAUUGGCCUUAUUCUCGACUUGACAAGCACGGAGACAGUAUCCUAUGAUGUGGAAAAGGAGACCAAGACCCCUCUUCCCAAUAUUAUGGUCCUGACAAAUGAAGGUGUCCUUUUAUCGUGGUGGUUCUUCUACUUCAAAGCGAUCGAAGCAGGGUUACCGUACAGUACCACUGCGACUGCAAGCACUACACAACAGCGUCCAGCUCUAGCCCCUCCGUCAACCCCUGCCCCUACGUUGGCAUCUGCUCCGAAUAUCCGGCCGUCAUUCGGACAACCAGCUUUUGGUCAAACUGGUUUUGGUGCACCACAGUCUCAAUCUAGUGUAUUCGGAAAGCCUUCUAGCACGCCAACAACGCCUUCUUUUGACACGACGUCUGCAUUUGGGAAUUCUCAGAAGCCUACAUUUGGAGCGCCAUCGACUCUUGGCGGAGGGACGAGCUUUGCAUCCACAACACCCAUUAAACCACCCGCUUCUACUUUUGGGAGUCCUGGCAUUCUGGGACAGCGUGGAUCGUCAUUCGGCCAACCUGGCCUUGGCCUUGCAUCGAACUCCCAGCCAGCAUUCGGUCAAGUUGGUGGUCUGGGAGGCAAAGGGUUCGGUGGUUUCUCGUCGCCCAGUGCGGCUCAAUCAACAUUCAAUGCAGGAGCCACCGCGUCUGGAGGCGGGUUCAGCAAUUUCGCCAAAAGUGGUGGAUUUGGAGCUAUAACAUCAUCGCAACCUGCUGAAAGUCCCUUCGGCAAGCCAUCAACGGAUAGUCCUUUCGGGAAGCCAACACAGGCUACCUUCGGGACUACACAGGCUAGUGAUGACUUCAAGUCGCCGUUUGGUCUUCCAAAGGGAGGUUUCAAGAUAGGGUCCACUUUCAAACCGGAUGAGAAAUCAGCUGCAGAUAAUGAGCCAACAUUCGGAAAGCCAUCAAAAUCGGGAGCAUUCUCACUAGGUUCAUCAUUCGGCACUCUUCUCGGCGGUGAUGUCGAGAAGACCAGCCCUCCAACUGAAUCCAUGGAUGAUACACAAGACGUAGCCGCAACACCAUCGGAUCAAAAACCCCCAACAUUAUUUGGGAAGCCCACGGCGUUCGGAACACCUCAGAGCCCUAUAACCAGUCCUCCAAAGAUCUCCGGUCUUUUCGGCACUCAAUCUCAGUCAACUACUACACCUGCGGCAGCUCAAACCAGCAGACCCUCGAUGCUUUUCGGUAGUAGCUCUGCAGCUUCGCCAUUCAGCCCGUUGUCUCCUCUGUCAGAGAAGACGGUGGUACCAACUUUGUCUUCAGAAAGGGAGAGCGUCGAAGCACCUUUGCCUCCAGAUGCUACGAGUAGAGCCGUCUAUGGACCUGGAGACACAUCAGCUUCGUCAAAUGUCUCUAAAAGCUCGUAUGAUGAAGCACCUCUGCCUCCGAGCUUCACGAAAAGCAAGAAGAUCGACGAUGCGCCUCUCCCUCCCGACUUCUUGAAGAAAUCAGAGAAAUUGCCCGAGCCGGAAUCGGCACCGUUACCUCCUGAUUUUCUCCCCAGAGCAAAAGAAACGAAGGAGCCUGCUUCUGACGUCCCCUUGCCUGUCAAGGAAGAAUCUAUCUUACUACCACAUGAGUCAGAAGGUUCGGAUGGUGACUUUGAGGAUAGUGGAGAGGAAAUCACACAUGAUGUCUCUCCACCAAAUGAGACUGUAGAGUCGGAGUCUGCUAGCUUCAAAACAUCGCCGGAGAGCUCUUUUGGUGGAACUUCUCGCAAGGAGCCCACUGGAGGUCUGUUUACAAAAGUCACGAUUCCAGAGUCCCAACCUCGAGCACAACCCUUGAAGCCGUUAUUCGGCGAGAUUCCACAGCCAAGUAUUCCCCCUCCAAAACCACAAGCUAAUGCGAAAAGCCCUCGAUCUCCUAGUCCUGUGCGACCGGGCGCACGGAGAGGCCAUCUUCGUCCUGAACAAACCCGUUCAACAAGCGCGCCGAGUGUUCCCAGAUCUAUGUUUGGUUUUAAGCCGACUCCGGCGAAACCGCCACCAUCGCGAUUCGAGGAGCCUCUCAGUCAGGGUGAUCUUAUCGAAGAGGAAGAAUCCAAAGCUGCAGCCGCCGAGAGCAAACGACUUGCUUCCGAAGCAGAGUACUUGUCAUCGGACGACGAAGACUUGUUAAUACGUGCGGAGCUGGAUCAGCCACUAGUUCCUGCGCCAACGUUGGAUCCUUUCAUACCAAGACAGGAGUACAGCGGAGAACACUUUAAGCCCGGCAUCCCAGGUCAGAUUGAGAGGCUUUAUCGCGAUAUCAACUCAAUGAUUGAUACAUUAGGAUUGAAUUCUCGCUCAAUAUCCUCUUAUAUCCUAUAUGAGGAAGAGAAUCGUACCGCAGAUCUUAGCGAGUGGCAACGAAUCUUAUUCAGCGACACUCCAACGAACAUUCUCGAUCAAAAUAUUUCGAUUUCUGACAUCGAGAAUGUUGAAGGACUCUUGGAAUUCCUGGCAGCUCGUCUUGAAGAGCAACGACUAAGCAAUGUACAAGAGAAAAUCAACGAAUGCCAACGACUACUAAGUAAUGAUAUCUUCAAUCUACAUGAUCAGUGUGUCCAUAUCCAAAGAAUUCUGGAUUCAUACUCAGACACGGUUUCCGUUCGCACACAACCCCUAUCGGCAGAACAGGCCAGUUUGCAACAAGAUCUGAGGAAGGCAUCUACUUCUAUCCAAUCACUGUUGACAGAAUUAGAACAAGGUAUCACGCUAUUGAGGGCUAAGAUUGCCGAUUUUUCUGGCGUGAAUAGAUCUCUGUCCGGACGAUUGACAACCAAGAAACCCACCGUUGAAGCUGUGACCUCUACAAUUGCUACAAUGAUGAAUAUGGCUGAAAGUAAAAGCAGCGAUAUCGAUGUUCUGGAAGCACAGAUGAAGAAGCUUGGGAUUGAGCUCCGAUCCUCCACCAGUCGGGAAGGUUCUCCUAUUUCCACCCCCAUCAAAAAAUUCGGCUUCCGAGUUCCUGUCACACCAGACUCAGACGGCAAACGAAGCCCCUAUCAGACUCCACAGUCUACUAGUAGGUUUCAGGCCAGUGUGAAUGGAUCAGCGAGGCACAGUCGUCUUCGCAACGUCAAUUUUCAAUCGGAAUCUAUUCCGAACCAGGAUAGCGAUGAGUGGAAGACGCGGACUCGGCGGCGAAAGGAGAUCGCUAGAAAUCUCAAAAGGGCAAUUGGAGAACGUAAGGUCAAAGUGCGAACUAUGGAUGACGAUUGAAAUAAGGACUGUAUUACAAAGAUGGUUCAGGUCAAAUUAAUGCAUGCAUUAGUUUAUUUUAUAAUUUAUGUUAUCAACAGGUUGCAAAUCUAUUCUACAUUUAAAAGUGUUUCCUCGCC